AUGUUCCGUGGCGUUACGGGCCGUUGCAGCAUGCGUGUGUUGUGUUUGACGGUGGUGCCCGAUGGUGGUGCCAUGACGCUGGCGCUCAGGAGGCUCGGCUACAUGCCGUACACGCUGCGCUCCGCCUUUCAGCAUGGCCGUGCGACACGCCACCCGGCUGAGUGGUCCAGGAUACUUGACGGCGAGCGGCCAGUUGACAUGCGGCUGUUUAAUGACCACGACGCCGUUAUUGGCCCGCCCGCGACGUUAAUUUACGACCGCCUGUUACGUGAGUGCCCGGAGUACACCAAAGUCAUUCUUGUUGAGGAGACGGACAAGAAAAGAUGGGUACAGGAGUAUGAAGCACACGUGGGACCGCUUCUUCAAGAUGAUACUGACAAAAAAUACAUUUGCCGCUGCCGUUCUCGUCGCCGUGUUGGCCGCAGCCGCAUCGCCAAGGCGUUUGACAACAUGAUCCACAAGAUGACACCGCGCUGCGAGGCGGCGGGGCCUGUUGCAGCACUUGAGGGCUACGAAUCUCAAGUCCGGUCAAAUGUAGACAGGUCCCGGUUGUUAGUGUAUCGAUACGGUGACGGCUGGGAGCCGCUGUGCGCCUUUCUUGAGAAGGAUUUGCCGGACGAACCCUUCCCGCCGUACGACAGUGGCGUGCGUGUCAUCGGCAAUCUGCAGGAGCGCAUUGAACGCACGGAGAAGUUGACAUAUUUAUUGGCAGCACUGGCCUGUUGUGGUGUGGCAUACGCUGUGUACCCUGUGUUUGGCUCUCUGCAGACCUACGUGAGCGAGCUGUAUCGUGACUACCAAACAGCGUAUGCCACCAAAUAA